UGUUCUUCACUUUCUCUCUCUCUCUCUCUCUCUAAACCUCUUAAACCCACCGGAAAACUUCACACUCACCGGAAAAUUUCACCCUCACUUUCCCUUAAUAUUCCUUGAUUCCUUCAACUCUUCUUCCUUUUACCGGCAAAAAGGAGUUUUUCCCUUUCUUCUCGCUCUAAACCCACCUUUAUUUCCCCCCAUCUCUCUCUCUCUACCCAUGUGUUCUGCUUCUUUUCUUGCACCUUUAUUUCCCUUUGAGAUUUUUUCGAUAACCCUUUAAUCUUCUCUCUCGCACGAGUAUUCCACUCUUUUAUUUAUUCCCCUUUUCACUUCGUAUAAGUUGUAUGCCAAAACUUGGUCAUCAAUCAACAUGGAAAAUAUCAAGUUCAGUGAACACAAAUCACACGUUACAAUGCUGAGCAAAUCAAAUUCACCGGGCGUUCGAGUUGUGAAAAUAUCCGUCACGGAUGCUUAUGCCACUGAUUCGUCCGAUGAAGAACGAGAACAUGAAGUGUUUGUUGGUAGAAAAAGAGUGAAAAAGUUUGUUAAGGAAGUAACAAUACAUUCUUCUUGUAAUAACAAUGUUAAAGGUGACGUGGCGGUGGUUAAAGGUGGUAACAAGGGGAAGAAAGGUGACGUGGCGGUGAAGAAACGGUUGAAGGUUAGUUCCGGUAAUAAUAAGAAGUUUCGGGGCGUACGGCAACGCCCGUGGGGAAAAUGGGCUGCCGAGAUUAGAGACCCGACCCGGAGAGUCCGGUUGUGGCUUGGAACGUAUGAUACUGCUGAAGAGGCUGCUAUGGUUUAUGAUCACGCGGCUAUUCAGUUGCGUGGCCCUGACGCGCUUACUAAUUUCACUGUUCCGGUUACUGAUUCAGUUUCAGUUUCAGUUUCACCACCGGAAAGUUUACCGGCAAACUCCGGUUCCGGUUCUGGUUAUAACUCUGGUGAAGAGUCGCAAACUAAUAAUAAUGUUUCGUCGCCGAAAUCGGUGCUUCGGUUUGACUCGUCUUCGACUGACGAGUGUGUUGCUGAGUCGACUCAACAUAGCCCAUGUGAGGGAAACGAGACGGCUCAGCAAAGUCCGUUUCACGAGUCACACGAGGCGAACGAGUCGACUCAGAACUUCUCUGAUUUCCUUCCUUUUGACGACCAUUUCUCAAAUUCGGAUCUUUUCGAUUUUCCGAAUUUUGUACCGGAUGUUUAUGACCCGGAAAGCUAUUCGGGUCCUGUGUUUCAAACAUCCGAACCAUCCGAAACGUUACUCGGGUAUGGAACCGAUUUUGGGUUCGGACCGUCGUGUUGGGCCGCAGAUGAUUACCUACAAGACUUCAACGACAUAUUCGGGUCGGAUCCUCUCGUGGCUCUUUAAUAAUAACGGAUACGGGCCGGAUCGGGUCGGGUCGGGUCACUUGCUGGAUAUUUGUUUAAUAUUCCGCAACUUUUUGUACGGAAAUAUUAUUAUUAUUAUUAUUUAAUUAUAUAGGAUUAAUUCGUUCUAAUGUAUAAAUAGUUUUUAAGGUGAUGGAAGUGUUGAGAGUUUGAUAUAAAAUUGGCGUUAGGCCAACAUGUAAUGAAGGCACGUGUUGGAACACGUGACCGGCAAAUGUUAACUACUAUGAAAUUAGGUGAAGAAAUGAGUUGAAAUGAAUGCUACAUGUUUUAUCAUGCA